AUGGUGCGAGGCGGCACGAUCAGCGGGGACAUUGCGGAUCAAUGGAUCAAGCGGAUCAAAGAUUUGGACACGGUCAAAAAGUUGCGCGAGGAUGCCGAGAAAGGCAAUGUUUUAGCAAUGCUUGGUUUGGCGGAUGCUUAUCAUCAUGGAAAGCACGGUCUUGCACAGGAUCAGGAUCUAGCGACACAAUGGUUCCGCAAGGCCGCGGAUAAUGGCGACGUCACAGCUUUGGAUGUUCUUGGAUGCAUGUCUGCUUCUCCUGCGCUCAAGGUGCAUUGGUGGACCUGCUCUGCGGAAGGUGGCGGCGAGAACGCUUGCUUCCAUCUGGCGAAAGCAUUCGCACAUGGCACAUGUGGUUUGCCCAAAGACCCUCAUCUGGCCAAAAAGUGGCUGGCGAAAAUGCAGGGCUCCAAACUACGAAACGCGGAUAGUGGAAGUAGAGACAAUGCUGCCAAGCUCCUGCGCGAUCUUUCCGGUGCGCAGUAA